AUGGUGGAGGUUCCCUCACCCUCCGCAGCCCCUCCAGUACUUCUAGCUUUCUUAGAUGCAUUUGCUUCUAAAACACAUGAAUCUCAGGCUCCAGCUCCUAAGAGACCUGACCAGUUUUAUAAGGUCCCUGAUGAUUGUAAGUUUCUCUACAAGUGCUCCUCUGCAGCUCCAGCAAUGAUUUCCUUAGCUUCAGAUAAGUCUUCCCAGUUAUCCCCUUCUGCCAAGCUUCCUCCAUCUGAUAAGAAGAGCAAGAUUCUUGAGAAACUGGAUUCUGAGGUUAAAACACAGGUUGUGUCUCAUUUGGCAGCUUCUUCUCAGGUGUCUAGGCAUUCCAUUAAGUGCAGCUGUGAUGUUGCUGAGGCAUCAUCUAGAGCUGCUGCUUCUGCCUCUGUGCUUGGGAGGCAUUCAUGGCUGAGACUUCAGUCAUUACUUGAUGACAAGUUACUAGAUGCUCCUUUCGACAAGACUGCUCUUUUUGGUUCAGCAGCCGCAGAGCUGUUUAAGAUCUGCAAGAGAAAGGAAAGGAACUCCAAAGAUCGUAAACAUCUCUUUGUUUCUCCAGAUGUUCUUCCUGCAGAUAUUGUGAAGAUAUUUUUGUUGCAUCUGUUGAGUAUUCCAGUCCAUUCGGCACAUAGUAAAAAAUGCUGCAGUUAUGCAUGUGAAAUGUAUUAUCAUGGGAGAAGGGAGCGGAGUAGAGAACGACACAAACCCCGAAGUAAAGACACUGGUAGUAGUCGAUCAGAGAAAUCUGUCACUAUUCAGACACCACCAGCAGAGCCAUUACUUGGGAAUGAAACUGGUCAUACAGACGAAGUACAGGAUGAUAACUGGGGGGAAACUACCACCGCUAUUACUGGAACCUCGGAACAUAGUAUCUCUCAGGAGGAUAUUGCUCGGAUCAGCAAGGACAUAGAGGACAGUGUAGGACUGGAUUGUAAACGCUAUCUGUGCUUAACAGUCACUGCAGUACUUGGACUUCUUGUCUUCCUUACCCCAAUAGCUUUUGUGCUGUUACCCCAAAUCCUGUGGCGUGAAGAGUUGGAUCCCUGUGGUACUGUCUGUGAGGGACUCUUCAUCUCUGUAGCAUUCAAACUCCUUAUACUUUUAAUUGGGACCUGGGCAUUGUUCUUCCGUCAGCCACAGGCUGAUAUGCCACGCGUAUUUGUUUUUCGCGCCUUGCUUAUGGUCCUUGUAUUUCUAUUUGUGGUGUCAUAUUGGCUGUUCUAUGGGGUGAGAAUUCUUGAUUCUCGAGAUAAGAACUACCAAGGAAUCGUGCAGUAUGCAGUGUCAUUAGUAGAUGCACUGCUUUUUAUCCAUUAUUUGGCAAUUGUGCUGUUGGAAUUGCGGCAGCUUCAACCAAUAUUUACACUGAAAGUAGUUCGGUCAACAGAUGGAGAGUCACAGUUUUAUAGUAUGGGCCAUCUCAGUAUCCAGAGGGCUGCUGUAGUUAUCUUGGAGAAUUACUAUAAAGAUUUUACUGUGUAUAACCCAGCUCUGCUGACCGCUGCCAAGACUCGUACAGCCAAACAUAUGGCUGGGCUGAAAGUUUACAAUGUGGAUGGUCCAGGCAACAAUGCAGCAGCAGGAGGACAGUCCCGAGCCAUGAUCGCAGCUGCUGCCAGGCGAAGAGACUCCAGUCACAAUGAGCUGUAUUAUGAGGAAGCAGAGCAUGACAGGAGAGUGAAAAAGCGGAAAGCAAGGCUUGUUGUUGCAGUAGAGGAAGCCUUUACUCACAUUAAACGGUUGCAAGAAGAGGAGCAGCAGAAGGCACCUGGUGAAAUAAUGGAUCCCAGAGAGGCAGCACAGGCUAUUUUCCCAUCUAUGGCAAGAGCACUGCAGAAAUAUCUGCGAACUACCAGACAGCAGCACUACCACACCAUGGAGAGUAUUCUACAGCACUUGGCAUUCUGUAUAACAAACAAUAUGACGCCAAAGGGUUUCUUGGAGCGGUACCUCAAUCCUGGUCCAACUCUACAGUAUGAUAAAAACCGUUGGUUUGCCAGACAGUGGACACUAGUCAGUGAGGAAGCUGUUACUAAUGGAUUAAAAGAUGGAAUGGUCUUUGUCCUCAAGUGUUUGGACUUCAGUCUUGUGGUAAAUGUGAAGAAAAUCCCCUUCAUCAAGCUUUCUGAAGAAUUCAUUGACCCCAAAUCUCAUAAAUUUGUUCUCCGUUUACAGUCUGAAACUUCAGUGUAAGAAGUAAUGAAAAAAAAUCCUCAAAUUGAGAGAAAGCAGAUAUUGGACAACUGAGACUUGCCAUCUGCACUUUAUACUGAAGAGAAAUGUCUGGCCAAAGUAAUAUAUAUAUAAAUGUAUACAUAUAAAUACAUAUAUUUCAUAUGGGACAUUGGAGGUUUAAACAAUUAGAGACUUGUAAAAAGAGUGCUUAUUUCCUGGCCUGUUAAUACAAGUAGUCUGUAAAUCUGGGAUAGCUGUGAUCUUGAGUUUUUUAUCAUUUGGGGGAUGCUUGCCUCUCAGCAUCUAGCUGUGAGCAUUUUAACAGUUUUCUUAAAGUCAUAGGUCACAGGUGUCUGCUUUUUUCAUGCAUGUAGAUUUCAAAUGAACAUUGUGAGCCUUCUGCAGUUGUCAGUGGAAAUUGUAAAGGAUUGUUACACCCAGUAUUACAAAUGUAUUAUUUCUGCCUAUUCAGAUUCGCUUUAGGCAUUUAACUUGCUAGCUGUGAAAUUGUUUGCUCCCUAUUUGCUGGGUCACUGGGAAAACAGAGACGUCAUUAAUUUUAGGUGUAUUCUUUAAUUUCUACAAAUGUUUUGGGUUUCUAAUAACGUGGUGGGAAUGGACCCUAUUCCUAAGUGAGAGUAGUAGUAGAGUUCAUGAAAUUACUAUUGUUUCAGUCUUUGAUGCUAGCCAUGAGUGCUCUUCUUAGCACCCAUAUUAUAUCCAUAAAUGUAGGUAAUUUAUGUUCUCCAUGAUGAGCUAAUUACAGAGAAAGGCAGCCACUUCUCUCUUGAUUACAUUGACUCUGUGUUGCAGGUGGAGAUUACAUAGAAUUGUAAGCUUUAGAAAAAGAAAACGUUCAGGUCAGACCACAGCCCCCCCCCCCCCCCCCCAAAAAAAUUUUUAAACUAUUUUGUCAUUUAUCAUGUUUAUUGCUUGAGUAAAUGCUUGCUAUUCUUCCCGCUGUGUUUUGUCAAAUCUAGGAAGAAAUUUUUUGUUGUGCCUCACCACCUCUGGAUCUCUUCCUGUUUAGUUUGGCUAGACAACAUCAUUUCUUAAGACUUCUAUGUGGUGCUUGCCUUUAUGUACCCUAACCCAUUAUUAGUUGUAAAUAUGUUCUUUUUUCAUGCUAAAGUGUCUUGUCCUCUGAUUGUAUACUUUUUAUUACAGUAACUGUCGGAAUGAAAAAUGUAUUAACCUCAUUUCUUCCACAGCUGAUUUGCACAACUACAUGACUUUCAUUGUAGAUUUUCUUUUGUGGGUGUAUGGGUGUUUGAUUAAAAAAAUACCCCAAAGUAUAUUUUGUGUAUAUUAUCAGUUUGCCACAAGUAGGAACCUCAUAGUUUUAUGGUUGAGUAUCUCCAUCUUCCUUCUUGGUAAAUUAGGAUUUUUGUGAAUGCUGAAUUGAAAGCAGUUUCCCCUUUUAUGUCAACUGCAUAUAAACAAAAAACAUUGCCUGACAAAUGUUAAAACCUGCUCUGGUCUGGGGCAGCACCUGAAAAUGAAGAACAUUUUUUUUUAUUAUUUUGACCAUUUUCACUGUGCUAAAUGGCCUUUUCCUUGGAUUUCUGGUGCUAUUUUUGCUGCUUUCUUGAAAACUUCUGCUGCUGCUUUGCAUUGAGACAUCUUCUAACCAGUGAGCAUAAGUUAUCCUUUAUGUAUCAAAACAGGCCUUUCAUUUAAAUGCUCCAUUUAUCCUGCUUGAUCCAGACUACAUUUGUAUAGCACUUCAUAUGGCCUACAGAAAGCUGAUUGCUCCAUACAUUGUUACUUACUUUUGCACAGCAUACAAUGCAGGAUGGCAGAGUUUGGUCCCUUAUGAUCCUUCCAGAAUGUAGCACACUACAAAUAUUUAUUGCACAUCAAUACAGUACUGGAUUUUUUAAUUCUUCCCAUGCUGUUGUGGCCUUGAGUACUCGUAUAAUGAACACUGUUUUAUGCGGUUUUAUUUUGUCAAGUAGUUUGUAUGCAUAAUUUUUUAAAUGCAUUUUUUAACAUUUGUACUAUGUGUAUAAGUAAAGGUUUAAAAAUAAACACUAGCAGAUAUGCAAAUCUUGAUUAUAGUGGGGAGCAGAUACAGAGAGUGGACUUCAGCAGUUUUUCCGGCUGAAUUUGCUAUUUGAUUGCACAGAAACUUGUAUGCAGCUGAAUUUGCUGUUUGAUUGCACAGAAACUUGCAGGCAACUGUGAUUUUUGUUAUAACAGCAUACAUCACAAGGUUUUAUACAAUGAACCUAUAGUAAAGUCAUAUUUUAGUGUGGAGCACACCAACUAAAUGUCAAAGCAUUCUGUUACUAGAGUCCUGAGUUGUAGUCAGCAGCAGUAAAUGACAGUCUAAGUGCCAGUGGAAACCUCAUUGAGAAGUGUUAUUACCUCUUAAAGCUCAAGUGUAGGCUGCAUACCAAAAAAAUGUAAUUUAUUUUUACUAAACAAGUUUUUAGUGCAAGUUAGAGUUUUGCUAACCAGGAUAGUGUUAUCUUACUAGACACAAAUUGUUGAAGAUAUUGCUUUAAGUAUCACUUAUUCUCUCACAUUAAUCUCUCAAAAUGUGGAAUACAUUUAAUUCUUUUAACAGAUUCUCAUUUUUGGUUGUUGUAACCACAUGGCUAGCAGUUUUCUUAUGUGUUGUAUGCUGGGAACAAAUGCAUGUAGGAUGUUUUGUCACUGAUACAGUAUACAGCUCCAGCUUUUGUCAUAAAGCCUAACAAAAAUGGCUGCAGUGGUGGUGGUCCAAGUUAAGUGCUCACUUAUUUCAAACCUUUUGCAGAGCAGUAGCUGAAAACUAGAAAUCCCUCUCUGAGAAAAUUAACAGCUGACUGAGGAAGCAUUUACCUGCCCAACUCAGUCCAAAUUGCCCUGAUUUUUUUCUGUUACUUUGUGAAGUUGUAUUCAGCAUUACAUCUGUGUAAUGUUAAUGUCACUGUUUUUAGACAUUCAGCAAAAUGUUUGAUCACUGUGUACUGUAAGCUCUGAUUUUAUACACAACCUAAAUAUUGAACAGUUUGAGAUCUUGUAUGUGACUCGGUCAACAGUAACCAGCAUAUUCCUGCUUGCUCUUAACAGAAUCACAACUUUGAGGAAGAUUUUUUAAUUGUUUAAUAAGUAGCAAAAUGAUGUUUGUAACCAACGGAAGUGUGUAUAGAGUAGUAAAUUAUUCUUUCCAAAAAAUGUUUUUGAUUAUUAUUUUUUUUUGUAACUGAAACCAUUUUACACACUGCAGAUUUUGUACAUGAAACUCUGGAAAAUAAAUGGAAAACACAAAUGAA